GAUCUGCCGAUUGUUGUUGUUCGUGGAUGAGCGAGGGCCCGAGAGCCAACCAGGAACCGAGAAUUUAAGCCAGUUGUUUUCAGCGGCUAGUGCAUGUUGGUCGUGCGUUGAUUAUCGAAGUGUGAUCUCUAUUUUUUAACUGAAUAAGAAUAUAAAUAUACCAUAUAAAGUACGAAUCAGUGCCGAAAAGACAGAUAGAAGAUAAUAAAGUGUCCUGGGCGGGGAGGCCCGUGGGGGUUUAGGUUAAAGUUAUUUAUUUAUUUUUUUUAUUUUUUUUUUAUUAUCAUACAGUCAGAUCUUAUCAUUUGUUUAUGUGGUAAAGUGUGCUGCUUAUACGCCGAUCAAGUGCGUGUGAAUGCGUCUCGGAGGAUUCUAGCCUCUCUGUCCACCGACGACGACGAAGACGGAACGAAGAAUGUCGCAGCGCGACACAGUAAUUCACCUCGUUGCCGGAGGGAAAAGAAAAAGCUAAGGAGUUGAGAGAAAAACACGACUGAAAAGCACCCCAUGGUACUCUGCCCGCAGGGUGGCCGGUACGGUAGGCGCCAUAGUCACUUGUCCGUUGGAAGUAGUUAAAACACGGCUACAGUCAUCCUCUUCUGGUUUUUACCCACCUUCAGGGCACAAGGAGUUGACAUCCGGCCACGUUACUUGCAAAAGUUUCCCGACGCCACAGCAAAGGAGGAGAUUAUGCACCGGCGGAUAUCCAAGGUACUCCAUGGUGGCUCUGUCCCAUUGCGGCGUCUCUCCACCUCCUCCACACAGGCCGCCGGGCCUUGUUGCGUGCCUGAGGUUCAUUGUCGAGAACGAGGGCCCGCGGGCCCUCUUCAAAGGGCUAGGACCAAACUUGGUCGGCGUCGCACCUUCCAGAGCGAUAUACUUCUGCACCUACUCGCAAAGCAAAUCGUUCUUCAAUUCGGUCUUACCACCUGACAGCCCGAUAGUUCACGUGUGCUCCGCAUCGGCAGCCGGUUUCGUCGCGUGCACGGCAACGAAUCCAAUUUGGUUCGUCAAGACGAGGUUGCAGCUGGAUCACCAUACGAAUCGAACGACUGCGUGGAAAUGCGUUCAAACGAUAUAUCAGCAAUCGGGGUUGAUCGGCUUCUACAAGGGGAUCACAGCCUCUUAUAUGGGCAUUAGCGAGACCGUUGUACACUUCGUUAUUUACGAGGCCGUCAAAACCUGGCUAACGACGCAUCGGACUCGUUCAGGAAAUUUCGACGCCAACUCGAAGACGUCGCGAGACUUUCUCGAGUUCAUGGCUGCUGGCGCCUUCUCGAAAACUAUCGCUUCCUGCAUCGCAUAUCCGCAUGAGGUGGCGAGAACGCGUCUUCGAGAGGAGGGUACGAAGUAUAGAACAUUCUGGCAGACGUUGUCUACGGUGUGCGCGGAGGAAGGUCCCAGGGGGAUGUACAGGGGUUUGGCAACUCAGCUGGUGCGACAAAUUCCAAACACAGCCAUAAUGAUGGCAACGUAUGAAGCGGUGGUCUACGUUUUGACUCGUCAGUUCCAGACACCCUCGGCCCCGUCGUCUACAACCCAAUUCUACACGGAAGCCAAGACUAAGAGAGAACUUGCCUAGGAGUUGCUGGUUACCCCCGACUAAUCCUGAAACAGGAGUGACGGGGGCUUGCGUUUUGACCGUCAAAAUUCGCGUCGACGUGUUUCGAACGUACGAAAAAAUUUUCGGUUCGAAAAUUACGUCGCAGAAACGUUGGGCUGAUAUUCAGCUCCGGGUUCAUGUUGCUUGGCCGUUGAUGUGCCUAGAUGGAGUUGGAUAUCCGUCGAGGUGAGGUUUAAAAGUGAGAUUAAUCGACAGAGAACCCGAACCACAGCCACAAACACCUAAUGAAUAAUAAUGUAAUGAAUAUCGAUACAAAUUUUUUAUACGAUGAUAAUUGUACAUCCGUUUUACUGAAUUACUGUCGAGGGAGAGAGUAUGUAAAACAAUGCAUAAAUUAUGGGAUGUAUACCAUCCAAACUUAUUUCCACUAGUCAAUUUUCAUCUCACUUUCUAUUUGGAUAGUUUGUUCUUUAUUUUUACUUUUCUGUACUUUGUGCCUAUCGGUCGACGGUUCAUGUAAUAUUUGACGAUUAGACUAAAUUGCAGUUUCUCUACUCUGUUUCCAUGAAUGUUGUUACGUUGGAUAGAUAAAAAAAAGUUAGAGUUCAUAUGGCGGUACGAAAACAAAGGAAAGAUAGGAAAUGAGUUUUUUUGUUUAUUAUUGUUCAAUAUAAAAUCAUAAAUUUUUAAUCAACUUUCUCCCUCAAUUUAAUUCAAAUUGUGUUACGGCAACUCUGUCGCAAAGUAUAUAGAUUCCUUAACUAGGCUGUUAUAGGUAAAAGGAAAAUUCUUGCAUGGGUCUCAAGUUAUAAAGUGUCGGAAGUGACUGUACAUGAGAACAAAUUCAAUUUGGGAAUGUUUAUCACAGGCGGUUAUAGGGGGGGGAAAAAAUCUGUAGUGACCUAGUGAGUUAGAAGCAAUUUAUAUUUUCUAUUCAGUCUAUUUUUUUUUCUUUCCCUUUCAAAUUAGAUUUUCACUAUAUUUUUCUUUGGGUGUUUAUAAACCUAUGCUUUAAACCAUUGACUCUCUAAAUUUGGAUUUGAUUCGAGACUGUUUUUGGGCACAACUUGAUAACUCAUGAGUUCCCCGUUGACUGUAUCUAAAUAGAACGCUAUCAACGUAUGGAUCUCCGUUUGUAAAUAAAAUCGAAUAAUUUGUAACGUAGACUUGUAAUGAUGAGUAUAUCCUGUAUAGUCUGUAUAAUCGUGAAUCGAGAAAAACUAGAAAUUAAAAACAAAAAAAAAAACAAAAAAAAAAAAAAAAGAGUUCAAUAUAAUAUCAAUAAGUAUACUUUGUGUAUAUACAACGUGUACAUAUACCCACGAUGCAUAAUCAGCAUGCAUCUGUGGCGAAUAAUAUACUCUGCAAAAACUGAUGUUUGGCAACUCGGGG